UUGCCAUGUAAGAAAACUUUGCUUCUCCAUUUCGAUGCACAAUAUAUAUAGUUUUUUCUCUGUAUGAUGUUGUCUGUCUGUAUGAUUUUUUUUUGCCUGCUGGUUCCAUUUGUUUCAACAACAACAACAACAACAAAAAAAACAUUCAAUUGCUGCAUUACUAUGGUCCAAUCGGGAACAUAUAAAUCAUUACAAUGAAUGAAUUGCGCCCAUUUUCACCAUUAACUACUAUCUACUAUUUGACGCAAUAGUGUUGAAAUUUCUUGUUGUUUUUUUCUUGUGUUUCAUUAAUACUGCUGUUGUUGCUGUUGCUGCUGCUGAUUCUUUUUUUUAAUAGUUAUUUUCAAUGUUUGUUACAUUGUAAAUCAUGGAUCAUCCAUAUGGAUGAUUCUUCUGUAUUUGUUGUUUUGUGUUGUUUUUCUGCACUUAAAUGAGCCGACAAUAUAUAUCGAUGACAUCCUUUUGCAUGUUCACAAAUCAGCAACAAUCAUUUUUUUGGCAGUGAUUUUUUUUUCACUCCCCCCUCCCAUGAACAACAACAACAACAAUAACAAUGUCACCGCAGAUAUUGAAUGUAAAACGGCCAUUAUUGGCAACUACAACUAAUGUAUCGACAACUACAACAACAAAAACAACAAGACGAUCAUUACAAUCACAACCACAAUCACUUCAUAAUCAUAAUCAAAAUCAAUUCAACAGUAUAGAAAUGACAGAUCAUCAAAAUGAAGGAUCAUCGACGCCACCACCACCACCACCAUCAUCAUCAUCACCUAACACCUCUUCAACAUCAUCAACAAUAAUGGUAACAUCAUUACCAGCAUUAUCAAUGCAAAAAUCAACAACAACAACAUCGACAACAAAAACUAUGGUAAAAAAACGAUCCAAGUCAGCAUUCCGUUGUCGAUUCUUUGUAAAUGGUGAUCGUCAUUUUAUUGGCAUUUAUUAUGUUAUUAAUAUUGAUCGUUUACGUACACUUGAUUCAUUAUGUCGUGAAUUAUCAAGAAUUCUGGUUAAUGUGAAAACCUUACCAUCUGGUGUACGAAUCAUAUUCAAUUGUAAUGAUGGAAUGAAAAUUAAUUCUAUUCAACAAUUUCGUCAUAAUGAAAAUUAUUGUUGCUCAUCAAAUGAACAUUUUAUACGUUUAGAUUAUAUUACAAUUGCUGAUGGAAAUAAUUCAUUUUCAAUAAAUGAUCGACAAUCAACAUCACCUGAACCGAAAAAUUUACUAAUAAUAAAUAAUUCAAUGACAACUACGGCAGCUAAGCAACAACAACAACAACAACAGCAACAGCAACAAAAACAACAACAACAAUCACGAACACCUUUAGCUAAACGCCGUGUCGAUAGUGGUGGAAAUAUUUCCGGUAAUAAUAAUAAUAAUAAUAAUAAUACAACAAUGAUGACAACCUCAUCGACAGCAUCAUCAACACAAACAUUAUCCACAUCAACAACAACAAUGACAACAACAACAAUGUCUUCAAAUUCAUUACAAUAUUGUGCAUUUAGGCCAAAAUUGGUCGCCUUAUUACGUGGAUCAUGUCGUGCUGUACCAUCAAUGCGGCCAUCACGACGUGUAUUUCGUUUUUUGUUCAAUCAUCGUAUUGCACAAAAUUAUGAACAAUUGUUAAAUGAAAUAUCGAAAUCGGUCAAAUUGAAUGUUGGUGCCGUACAUCGUAUAUAUGGUCUUUCAUCAUCGAAAAAGAUAACCUGUUUGAAUGAUCUUUAUGAUGAUGAAUAUGUCUAUCUGGUAUAUGGCCGUGCGGAAAAAUGCAAUAUUAACGAUUUUUUGCUCGACGAAUAUGAACAACGAGAAAUCUGUUCAAUUGUUGGCGUUAGUUAUCUAACAUCAUAUUAUGAAAACAUUAAUAAUCAUAGUCUUAAUUUGAAUAAUAUCAAUAUCCAUAAUAAUAAUAAUGGUAAAUCAAAAUUACCACCACUGCCACCGUUAUCAUUAUCAGCAAAGAUGGCUGCAAUGACAAAAAAUCGUAAAGUUGUCCGAUAUUGUGAUGAUAUUAAUAAUAAUAAUGAUAAUAAUAAUAAUAAUGUUUCAAUCAACAAUAAUCGUCGACGUUUUCAAUCGAAAAAAUUCAAUACAACAACUCGUAGCAAUCGUAAUCGUAAUAAUAAUGCUCGAAAUAAUAUUGGCCAUACAAAACAAUCUAAAAAUUCAGAUUGUUGCAAUAAUAAUAAUAAUAAUGAUGACGAUGAUGAUGAUGAUGAUAAUGACAUUAAAGCAUAUUCUUUACCAAGAAAUUUUUGCAUCCACAAUGAUGAUGAUGACAGAAACAACAACAAUAAUAAUAACAAUAACAAAUGUAAAAAUAAUAUUGAACUAUUGAAUAUGAAUGAACGUACACCAACUAAUGGCCAUCAUCAUCAUAAUCAACAUAAAUUUGAUGAUCAAGAUGAAGAAUCAGAAAAUUAUAAUUGUAAUUCAAUAACAAUGCUCACAUCGAUCGAUGAUGAUUAUGAUAAUGAUUAUGCAGUUAUUAUUGCUGACAAUAAUUAUAAUGAUGAUGAUGAAUAUCAGCAAAAACGAAAAUUGCCAUUGGAAAAUGAAAAUAUUGGCUCAAUAUCAUCAUCAUCAUAUGAUCAAAAUUCCAAUCGUUCAAAUGGUAGAGAUCAAAAUAUGAUAAUUUCUAAUACAAAUGGUACGAAAAUUGAUGAUCAAUCAGGUCGUUCAUAUUCUAGUUCGAAUUCAAGUCUAGUCUUUGUUGAUAAUAAUCAAAAACAUCAUGGAUCUAAUCAACAUCAUCAUCAUCAUCAUCAAAUUAAUCAACAAUCAAUGAAGCCAAAUACAAAUCAAUCAAUUUCCAAUUGUGAUUAUAGAUCAUCCUCUAUGACAACGUCAACAUCAACUACAUCGACCAAUACAAGCCAAAAUCAAGGAAUUUUUAUUCAAAGUAAUGGCAGCAGUACACCUGGUGGUGCAUCAUCCAUAAGUUGUUCGGAGGAUUUUUCUUUCACAUCGAUAGAUGUAAAUAAUUCCAACACAUUGAAUAAUGAUGAACAACAAAACUUUUAUUCUGAUAAUGAUGAUGAUGAUGAAUCAGUAUCGAUUGAUGAUGGACAAUCGAUUGUUAAAUCUAAUAACAACAAUCUUUCUAAAUCUCAACAACAAAAUAGCAACGAUUCUGAUUCUGAUCUAUCAUCAACAUCUUCAUUUUCUAGUCUUUCACGUGUAAUUCCAGCUGUUCAACAGUGCCAACGAUCUGUUAACAUUAGCAAAAACGAUGAUAAAAUUUCAAAACCAAAGGCAGCGAAUCCAAAACUUAAAUCACCGGUAACAUCACUAUCUACGACGAAUACCAAAACAAAUUCCAUAAAUCUUACAAAAGCAGCUAAUAUCAAACAACGAGCAGCUAAUCGAAUGGCCGUUUUACCCAGAAAUCAAAUGGUCACUGCAGCAAAGAAUACGAAAGUGGGCAGCAAAUCAUCGAAUGUAAAUGUUUCUACACAAGCUUCACAAAACCAUAAUCGUAGUCCAAGUCAUCGUAUUGGUUCGGGAAGUCGAAAUUCGACCGGAUCACAGCCAAACACGCCAGUUAAAAAGAAAAUACCAGCCGGAUAUCAAUCUCAACAGCCACAACAACAACGUCGUGCACCAGUUCUAACCACAAUACCGGCUGCAACAAAAUUUCAGCCAAAAAAAGAAGUUGAUGAAAUAUAUUUUGUCGACAAAUCUAUUGGUGAUGGUAAAUUUGGUGUCGUAUACACUUGUAUUCAUCGCGAAACAAGGCAAAGUUUUGCAUUGAAAGUAGUCAAUAAAUAUACUAUGCAGCAAGUUUUUUCAUUACCAAAAACGUCUUCAUCAUCAUCAUCUGGUCAUAAUAAUUACACGGAUAAAUCAAAUGAUCCUGCCAAUGCUGAAGUAGCAAUUCUUAGUCGUGUAAACCAUCCGAAUAUUGUUCGACUUUAUGAUCAUUUCAAUUAUGUUGAUCAAUGUUAUUUAGUACUUGAAUUACUUCAGGGCGGCGAUCUUUUCGAUGCCAUUACUGUUGCAUCUCGUUAUACGGAAGCUGAAUCAGCAUUAAUGAUUAGCGAUCUUUUGAAUGCUUUGUACUAUCUACAUCAAAUGAACAUUGUUCAUCGUGAUAUAAAACUAGAGAAUUUGCUAGUUUCCUAUGUGCCAAUACCAUUGAAUGAUAAUAAUAGUCCUAAUAAUGAUGAAACAAUCAAUAAUCGAAAUCAACAACGGCAAUAUCGUCGUAUGAUUAAAUUGGCGGAUUUUGGACUUGCCGUCGAAGUUGAACCAGGUGAAAAAUUAUACACCGUUUGUGGUACGCCUACAUAUGUUGCACCGGAAAUUUUAUUAGAAAUUGGUUAUUCAUUUCCUGUGGAUAUUUGGGCUGCCGGUGUUAUACUAUACAUACUUCUAUCAGGUCAACCACCAUUUGCGAAUGAAGAAAAUGAUCAAGUUCAAUUGUUUGAUCAGAUAAUAUCCGGAAAUUUUGAUCUUAUUGGACCACAAUGGCGACAUAUAUCCGCUUCAGCUAAAUGUAUGAUACAUUCAAUGUUGGUUGUUACACAAACAAAACGUAUUACUGCUCAACAAAUUUUGAAUCAUCGAUGGCUUUUACAACAUACUAGUAAUAGUAAUAAUCAAUCAAUCAAAUCAAAAUCAUCUGCCGAUCAGCUAGCCAAUGAUUAUCUGAAUUUAUCAUGAAUUUAAUUUUCUCUUUUUUUAUGAAAUUGAAAUUUUUUAUGUUUUGCUU